AUGUACUCCAUCAUCUGUGCAGCUGGCCUCCUGGGCAACGUGCUGGUUAUUGUUGUGUUUGUCUUCUAUGAAAAGAAAAAGACGCUGACAGAGGCAUUUUUCCUUAAUUUGGCUGUGGCCGAUAUUUUGUUUCUCUGUACGCUUCCAUUUCUGGUCUGUCAGCUGCGCUUCAAGAACUGGAUCUUCGGAGACAUCAUGUGUAAAAUGGUUUUUGGAAUGUACAAAGUGAACCUCUUUACAUCAAUGCUCACACUCACCGCUAUUACCCUCGACCGCUUUGUUUCUAUUGUUAGAGGGGUGAAAGCACAUAAAUACCAACAACACAAGCACAAGUGGGGCACCGUGAUGUGCGCCUUCAUCUGGGUGACCUCGGUGCUCCUCGCUGUGCCACAGUUUAUAUUUUCUAAUGAUAGCAGAGGGUACUGCUCAGACGUCUAUGAUGAUAAGGAGAAGCUGGAGAUAACUGUCUAUUCGUUCCAGCUGAUUGUUGGCUUUUUCCUGCCGUUAUUGAACAUGGUGGUCUGUUACAGUUUCAUUCUCAACACUUUGAUUCGUUCUAAGAGUUUACAGAAGAAGAAAUCCAUCCGAAUCAUCCUGACGCUGGUGGUGGCUUUCAUUGUCACCCAGAUGCCCUUUAAUGUCACUUUUCUGAUCUCAAUAUUGCAUAAACACAGCAACCACAUAACAGACAUAGCAGAAGUCCUGUCAAUACUGGAAGCUGUGGCAUACCUUCAUGCCUGCUUGAACCCAAUCUUAUAUUUCUUUGUUGGCACCAAAUUUAGAAACAACUUCUGGAAGAUGCUGAGAUGUUUCAAAUUGGUUAAAGAAAGGGAAGAGCCAAGCCGAGGAAAUGAAGGAAGUUCCAAAGUCGCUUCUGGUUCUACCCACAUGGAGGUCUUCAGCCUUGUGCAGACUAAUGCCCCGCAUAUACAAUGA